UUUUAAAGCAGGAAUUAAGGCGAUAUUUCAAUCAGUUCAUUACUAUCUAACCAAGAUGACAGACCCAAAUCGCGACGUAAAUGGGAAAAACCGAAUCAAGGAUCGAGUCCUCACCUCAGGACUGACCAUGUCCGUCAACUACGAUCCUGUUCAAGGAUCAAUGUAUCAAGAAAUUGAAAGGGCUUUGGAGAUGAAUAUUCAAGAGGACAAGGAUUGGGUGGUCCUUCAUAACGUUUUAACCGGAGAGAAGUUGAGCGGCAUUGAUGCUUUGAACUACGGCAAACGAUUCGGUGCCUUCUUGGAGCAACGUGGAUUCAAGAUUGGACAAGUGGUGCAUUUGAUCUUAGGGAAUCACAAUAUGACUUUCCCCAUUUGCUUUGGCGCUUGGAUUUUGGGUGGUUGCAUCAGCUCAGGUGAUGUCAAUUUGGAGCCAAGGUCAUUGUCGCAACAACUCAACUCUCUAUCCACCAGAUUUCUGAUCUGCACACCUGAUACAAAAGAUUUAGCCGUUGAAGCCUUGAACAUGGUUGACCGACCUCAAGAUAUCCAGGCAUUCUGUUUGGGCCCUAACGAUAUGUUUGAAGACCUCUCGGCCACCCUGAAGAACAUCGACUCGAUUGAAUGUCCUGAUCCUGUAGAUGUGGACACCAAUAGCGACGUUCCCAUUGUCUUUUGGUCUUCAGGGACCACGGGACACCCCAAAGCCAUCUGUCACACCCAUUUCUCUGCCUUGCGUAUGGCAGGAGUCUCUGUCAAUUUCCUCACCCCCAAGACCAAUGUAGUAACCACCACGUGUUUCUUUCACAUGGGCGGUUUCUUCGCUGCAAUGCUGUCAUUUGUGCGACACCUGAGUUGCUACCACAUGUUUGGACCAGAUUUCCAAUUGGAACAUCUCUUGAACACCAUUGUUUCGGCAAAGCCUAAAUCAAUUACAAUUGGAACCCAUCAUUACGUUCAACUGGCUGAAUCUGAACUUUUGGCCAAUGCAAACCCGGAGGAUUUGGCCUCUUUGGAGUAUAUCGCCCCGGCUGGAGCUGCAGUCCCUCGAUCGUGCGCAGCAUUUUAUCACAAAAUGUGCCCAAACCUCAAGGGAGUUCUAAAUAUCUAUGGUCAAACUGAGGGUGGUAUUCUGACAAUUGGCAUGUCUAACACAAGCCUUGGCGCCAUUUUUCCUGGAAUAUCCAUGAAGGUGGAAAACAUAGCAACUGGUGAAGGGUGUUGCCCUUACGAAGAAGGAGAGUUAUGCUACAAAACUCCGGUGGUCAUGAAAGGCUACCACAACCGAGCUAAGGAAAAUGCGGCAUUUUUUGAUCAUGAAGGUUAUGCUCAUUCCGGAGACUUGGUGUAUUACACCCCAGAUGGAGACAUUCAUUAUGUGGACCGUCUGAAAGAAAUCAUAAAGUACAAGAAUAACCACGUGGCACCCACUGAACUGGAGGACAUUAUGCAAAGACAUCCGGCAGUUCAAGAAUGCUUGGUAUUUGGCAAGCCUAACGAUGAAGUGCAGGAGCUUAUUUCAGCCGUGGUAGUUUUAAAACCUGGCCAAAAGGUAAGCGCAGAGGACCUGCGGAGCUUUGUGAACAACGAGGUCACCGAUUACAAGAAGAUUCGAGGACAAAUCAUUUUAAGCAAUCACAUUCCUCGUAAUUCCAUGGGUAAACUGGUUCGACGUGAAAUGCGGGAAUGGGCCCGACAUCAAGGCAAUCCCAAGGACACGGAUAUUCAUGCACCAAUUUUGUCUUCCCAAAUGCUGGCUCAUUGACAUAGUGCAAUGGAUCAGCUUGUGAUUUUUAGCCUCUGAUUACAUAGGUGGACAAAUAUAAACCUGGUCAAUGACGGAAACCCUUUAA